GGAAAUUUUCUUUCCUUACAUGAAACUCGUGAGGGUGUACAAGGCUCAUAGGCCCCCGUACAGACCUAUCAACUGUCAAGGCCUUAUCUCCAUGUACAUUAACCCAAUCCCUCCUUUCUCAACGCCAACACUAAACUAUCAGGCGAAUCCCUUGCCCAUGUUUGUCUGUCUGGCAUAACAGGGGAUUCCAUGGAAUAAUAUCAAAAGAUAUACUCAGUUUACUUGAAAUUCUUUAGUGACUAAUACGAUUCUAUUCACUUAAUAAGAAAAAAAUAAGACCCAAAUGGCAAUUUCUGCGCUAGGACCAGCUAAUUCGCUCCGGUUAACCCCAGGGUCAACUCUCCGGUUGCUAUCCUUCUACCCCAAAUCAAACCCUAGUAACCUGUCUGGUAUCCUCAAAACAAUAACGAAGCCUCAUGCCAUACCUCCAAAGUUCCACCAUCUAUUGCAACUUUCGGGUUUGCCUUGUCGGAGGUUCUUCUGCAGUGUAAUUUCUGGAGCUCUACAGUCUAGCGAGAGUGCAAAAGUGGAGAAGAAGGGUGAAAUUGGGAAUAGAGUUGGAGAAUUUAGAAGGAAGUUGAAGAUUGCUGAUAUAAAGGGUGGUCCAGAUGAAGGGUUGGAUCGUGUAGGGAAUACCAUCAUUGUGAUGGGUUGGGUUCGUACACUUCGAGUUCAAAGUAGUGUUACUUUUAUUGAGGUUAAUGAUGGUUCAUGCCUGUCAAACUUGCAAUGUGUAAUGGACUUGGAGGCUGAAGGUUAUGAUCAGGUAGAAUCUGGCUUGGUAACAACUGGCGCGUCAAUAUGGAUGCAAGGAACUGUGGUGAAGAGCCAAGGGUCAAAACAAAAGGUGGAACUGAAGGUCAUCAAAAUAGUAGCGGUUGGCAAGAGUGAUCCUUCCUAUCCCAUCCAAAAGAAAAGGGUUAGUAGAGAAUUUUUGAGAACUAAGGCUCACCUUCGUCCUCGAACAAAUACAUUUGGUGCGGUUGCAAGGGUGAGGAAUGCUUUGGCAUAUGCCACUCACAAGUUUUUCCAAGAAAAUGGGUUUGUUUGGGUCUCAAGUCCUAUUAUUACAGCUUCAGAUUGUGAAGGGGCCGGUGAACAGUUCUGUGUGACUACUUUGAUUCCAGGUUCUCAAGAAGCUGUCAAUUCUCCAGUGGAUGGGAUUCCAAAAACAAAGGAUGGGUUAAUUGAUUGGUCACAGGACUUUUUCGGCAAACCAGCUUUUCUGACAGUCUCUGGCCAGCUCAAUGCUGAAACAUAUGCCACUGCUCUUUCGGAUGUAUAUACAUUUGGUCCCACGUUUCGAGCUGAAAAUUCUAACACUUCUAGGCACUUGGCUGAAUUUUGGAUGAUUGAACCAGAACUUGCAUUUGCUGAUCUGAAUGACGACAUGGCCUGCGCCACUGCCUAUCUCCAGUAUGUAGUGAGGCAUAUCCUUGAAAACUGCAAGGAAGACAUGGAAUUUUUCAAUACUUGGAUUGAGAAGGGAAUCAUUGAUCGAUUGAGUGAUGUGGCUGAGAAAGACUUUGUUCAGUUGACUUACACUGAUGCAAUUGAACUUCUUCUGAAAGCAAAAAAGAAGUUUGAAUUUCCGUUGGAAUGGGGAUGUGAUUUGCAAAGCGAGCAUGAACGAUACAUAACUGAAGAGGUAUUUGGUGGGUGCCCUGUCAUCAUCAGAGAUUAUCCAAAGGACAUCAAAGCAUUUUAUAUGCGGCAAAAUGAUGAUGGUAAGACUGUUGCUGCCAUGGAUAUGCUGGUUCCUCGGGUUGGUGAGCUUAUUGGUGGAAGCCAAAGAGAAGAACGGCUGGAAUAUAUAGAAGAUCGUUUAGAUGAGCUAAAGCUGAACAAGGAGAGCUUCUGGUGGUAUCUUGAUUUGCGCCGUUAUGGUUCAGUUCCUCAUGCAGGUUUUGGACUGGGUUUUGAAAGGCUAGUUCAAUUUGCUACAGGAAUAGAAAAUAUAAGAGAUGCGAUACCUUUCCCUCGGGUACCUGGUUCGGCUGAAUUUUAAUGGAUAUCUGAUUUGAUUUUCUUUAUCCUUCAAUCUUCUCUUUUGUUAUACCUGUUACUUCAAAUCAUUGGUCUUUGUUUGCUCCUCCCUUUACCAAUUUUGUCUUUUAUAGCUCCAAAACUUCUUAGGUAGCAUAGAAUAUUUAAGUCUCAAGUUUGCUGCCUUUAUCCAGCAUGAUGGUUAACAUGCUAUGCACAAUAUAUGAAGUGAUUAAACCAAUUGUACAUCCAUUUAUCACUGAAUCACAAUCUGACUGCGAGAAUUCCCAGCA